AUGUCGGUUUCGAAUCUCUUUGCCUCUGACCCCUCGGGCGCCGACGACGAUUGGUUGCUUUCGGCGCCGCGAACGGACGUUUCUUCCUCCUCUCCGUCAACUUCGUUCCCACCAGCUGCCUCCUCCCCGUAUCCUGGGCCUUUUCCUGGCGCCCCAGGCUCCCAGUCGGCCUCUGUCCCCCCUGCGCUUGCCUCCGCUGUCCCGCCUGUCCCUUCUUUCCCGUUCCGCGUGGCGAACCCGUUCGCCCUCGCGGCCUCCUCACCGGCGCAGGUCGCUUCGUCCGCCGGUGGAGAUGCCGCGUCGUCUCCUCGUCCAGGAACCUCUGCGGGCAGGGUCUCUUGGUCGUCUUGCGCCGGUUCUGCGGGCCUGUCCCCCCAGAUGACAGAGGUCCCCGACCCCGCCGCUCCUGCGGACUGCGGCGUGAGUGGAGACGCCGCAGGACUUCCUCGCGAGCCGCAGCCGGGCGCCGGCAACUCUGCGCACCUUCAGGGCUCCAGCGGCGGUGCGCCUCCAACUCCGCAGGACGCGCCUUCCGCCCAAAGUGGCUGCGUGCAAUCGCCGUCUGGCGGGACGGCACCUGGCGCAGCGCAGGACGGUGUAUUGGCGACCACGAAGAGCUCCUCCCUGGGGGCAGACGGCGGCAGGGCUGACGCUCCGAACGAGGUGUCUGUCGCGCACCCGGGGGGCGUAGCGGGCUCCACCCCUUACAACGACCCUUCCCAAGGACUGGCAUUCACGGGCAAGACCCCGUUCUCGGCACCGCCCCCCGGCGCCGGAGAAGGGGACGGCUCCCUGGAGCCGUCGGAGCCCUCUCUUUCUCGCUCGUCGUCGUCAGGCCACGUGCCUUCCACCGCCGGAGGGGAGGGUGCACCGACGAAGGGUGCGCGCGACCCCGCUCUCGUGUCUCCUCUAAGAAACCCCUUCUCGGCUUCGCUGAACGCGACUGGCAGCCAGCCAGGUGCCCAGGGCGGCACAUCCGUGGACCCACCGGACUCUGCUGCCGCUGCCGCAUCUCCCUUCGAACCCUUUCCUGUCUUCCGCAAUCCUUUCUCUUCGCGCGCGGCGUCGUUGCAUCCGGAUUCGUCUCGUGCGUGUUACGCUCAGAGUGUUUCGCCUCCUUCGUCUUCCUCCUCGCUCGCGCCCGCUGACUACUCGGCAGCAUGCCCUCCCGUCCCUGAUCUGGCGCUGGCGCCCGUCAACGCGCCACUACCUUCUGCGUAUUCGUUGGCGGCGGCGAGCGGCGAGCCCUCUCGACCGGCACCUUUGGUCGCCCGCGAGCUGCCCUGGUCUACGACAAGCCGAGGAGUGUCUCUGUCCAGCGAAGACAGGGAGGGAAGCGCGAGUCCCGGUGACGGCGGACGCAACGAAUCCGCCGCGGGGGGCGUGGCCGCGGAGGAUGCGACAGAGGAGACCCUCGGCGUCGCGGGGGAGGGCGAGGAGGUCGCGAACGCCGCGGAAACGCCCGCUGCCGUUGCGCACCCGACGCGGGACUCGCUCGCCUCACCCGAAGCGAACUACGUUCUGAAGCGUGGAGUCGACGCGGCUGGACGCGAGGCUGUGCCUGGAGAGAGUGACCUCGCGCAACCCCGCUGUGCAGAGGUGGCGGCUCCUGCGGAGAGAGCGAGUGGAGAACUAGAAGAAAAGGCAUACGGGCGUGUCAGCGCAGAGAAGGGAAGCCACGACGGAGGGGAGGCGCAGAGCAGCAGCGCCGGUGAACCGCACGGACAGACGCCGGCAGAAGACUCGCGCCGGCCAGGAGAACGCGAGACUCUCUCCUCUUUCUCGUCUUCCUCCGCGACUCCGUGUUCGCUCUUCACUCCCGCUCCUGAGGAUGUGCCUCUGUGUGGGGACGCUACAGGGGACAGGGCGCCUGUCCCCACGGGCGAAGAGGUUGUCGCUUCAUUGGGGAGCGCGAGUUCAGUGCCUGAAAACGCAACUCUGAACGCGCCGUCGUUUCCGUCUGAAAGGGCGUUGACUGCGCACCUCGCGACGGCGGAGUCUUACCCCGACUGCAGACAGCAGCCGUGCCCGUCACAGAGGGACGCGAUGUUCGCUCUGAGUGAUGCGGCGCCUUCUUUCUGCCGCUCAGAGACCGACGCCGUGAUGGAGUUUGCGCGUGCGUCUGCGGCGGCUGCGCCGGAGGACGAGGGCAGCUUCGCAGCUGCUUCUCCGUCGUUCCUCGUGGACGCACGCGAGGCAGAGAAGGCCGCCGCAGGGGACCCUCUGUUUCUGUUUCGAGACGACGACGCCUCAGACAGCGUGUUCAGUCUGGCCGCUGUCUCCGAGUUCCUCGGCCCUGUCUCUGCCCCGCCUGCGGGCCGAACCGCGCGCGAGCCAGGCCUGGAGCCUGAGCAGAGCGGCGCUUCGAGAGAGAGCCCUGACGAAAGAGCUGGGCUAGGAGCCGAGGCAACCCCUCCGCCAAGCAUCCAGGGCUUCACUUCUUCCACUUUGCCAGAGGGCGGCCUGGGCGAGAAGAGCUUUCUGCGGGUGACAGACGGAGAGGGGGUGCGGGUCGUCGCGCCGGAAACACGAGACGACGUCCCGCGAGGCGAAGAACUCAGGGCCGCGAACGGCGCUACUGAAGCAGCGAACGCUUCUGCAGAAGAGGGGGACUGCUCGUCUUCAUGCGAUGCCGCUGGCGACUCUGUCUUCCCCGUCGGGCCUCGGACUGAAGAAGGCGCGGGGGGGACUGGAGCGCCCCUGGAGAGCGCGACCCCGUGGAGUGGAGUUGCACCGGUGCAGAGCGGGACGGGUGAAGGACGUCGGGGCGCCGCGGAUGCCGGCGCCCUUCAGUCUCCCCUCCCCCCGGCGGCUGAGAUGGAUUUCUCGUCUUUGCUUCGAAAUCCACUUUCGUCAGCUUCUCCGUCCCCUCCCACCUCCGCGUUUCCCCUUGCGGCGCCAGCCCCAGCCAAGGUGUCUCCGGUUGCCGAAGCUACCGGGCCGAAGACUGUGAUCUCGACCCCCUUGGGGGGACAGCCGGAAGUUCCUGUCGUACGACGAGCUCCAGAGGGCGAGCAAGCUGCGGCGCCCUCCUUUCCUCCUCGCUCGGAUAUCCCCAUUCCUCCUUCCCUCCCUGUCGCCCCGCCUGCCUGGCUUCGAAUCCCCUCGGCUUUCGGCUCCAAAAAGGAGCCGCUGCGACCCGACCUUGCGGAGACAGCUGGCCCAAGCGUCCCUGCGGCUCCACCGGCCGUCCAGCAGAUCGCGCCCCCCGCCGCCGCCGCACCGGCCGUUCUCGAGCGGCCGUCGCCCUCGCCGCAGCGGCCCGCGUCCGGCUCUCCGGCGAAGCUCGCAGAGGCAGCCGUGCAGCAGGGCCAGAGUGUUGCUGCAGGUUCGCUUCCUGUCUGCCCUCCGGCGCCGGCGCACGCAGCUCCAGCGCCCGGUGACCCGAGCAUGUGUCGCGUCGAGGCAGAUGCAGCGACGGCGCAGGCGGAAGGCGUGCCACCUCGAGCGCAGCACCCUGUGGGUGCGCGGGGCGCGCCCGUGGCUCUUGGAUGGGGCGGCUUCAUGCUGCUGGGGACUCCAGAGAACUCGCGACUGUCUGAACUCCCUCUCGCAGACGCGCUGGCGCGGAGCCGCACGCCGCCGCCGGGUGCACGCGGCCCGGCUGCGGGGGGACAGCGGGCCUCUCUUUUCAUGGAGACGGUCGCGGCGUUCCCGGGGCCUUUGGGGGCACCACACCGGAAGACCACAGCCGCGCUGGCGCGGUAUUUUGAGAGGGUCGUGGACGCCAUGAUGCGGCAGGCUUCGGCCGACGGGGAGGAAGGCAUGCGCCCUGCGGGCGGCGCUGCGCCGGCGUGCCGAACGCACGUGGGCGCGUCGCCGGCGCGGGAGGGCGCGGCCGCAGGUGCGCGGCUGGAGGUGUGCGGCCUGUGGGCUUUUUUGUUGCUUUCUCUUCAGCAAGAAGAGCAGAGAAGCCCAUCCGGGGGGGCGGCGAAGGCCUCGCCUGGGCGCCUGGUCUUGCCGCCGGUCUCCUCGCUCUUUCCUCUUCCGGAGAUGAGCGCGUCGAUUCAAGCGGCGGAAGACCGCUUGGCGCUCGCGGCUCCCUCGCGCGCGGCAGAGAAGGCGGAGGAGCGGCCCGCGAGAGAUGCUGCGAUAGACCUCAUCUGCCGGCGCGUGUGCAGAGGAGAUGUGAGAGGCGCCUUCGAUGCGGCGCUUAGGGAGAAGAUGUGCGACCACGCUCUCGCCCUGGGGAAUGUACUCAGCAGCGACGCUGUCAAUGAGGCCCUUCAGGCGCUCUCCAUCCAACUGGUUUCUCCGGGGGCAGAGGCCGAGAAGCAGUGCCCACACGCCAGCGCAGGAGCAGGGGGAAUCCACAGCAGCGCUGGAGAGACGCACCCCGCACGGGGCAGGCGCGCAGACCAAGCAGCUGGGAGCGAGGGCGCCGCGGCGACCGCGCUAGGGCCCAGAUGGAGGCGAGCUGUCGCUGCGCUGUAUAGCGUAGUGGGACAAGAAACGAAGGCGCUCACGUUCGAUGCAGAGGCUGUGGAGGUCUGGUACCCGACGGUCGCGCUGGUCUCCAGGUUCGCCGGCCUCGUCCACCCUACGGCACAGCGUCUCCUUCUCUCACUCAGUCAAGCGCUCGCCGAGCAGGGAGAUGCCUCGCGUCCCCCCUGCGCGUCGUCGCCACCUUCCGCGAGUCGGUAUCGCCACGCCUCUCAGCUGUGUGCGUUGCUGGCUGGAAAGACCGUCGUGCCUUCCUCGCUUCUCCCGGGGCUCGAGCGACAAGGCGCCCCUGAUGGGAAUCUCCUUUGCAUCGGCGGCAACCCGAUUGAGGAACUCAUUCUGACAGAGACGUUCGAGUACCUCCAGCGCCUCUAUGACCCCCAGUUCAUGUUUCCGCAGCUUAUCCCGGCGAAGAUUCGGUACGCGCUCUGCCUCGCCGACUUGGGACUCCUGCAGCAAGCCCACAGCUACUGCAGCCUGGCGGCCUCUUUCCUCCGGGCGCUGCCGCAGGCACAGGUGCCUGCGGACCUCCGUCAGGAGCUACGAGAGGCUCAACAGAAAGUCGAGACGCUGCAGCAGAGCGGCCGCUUCGCGACGCUGGGGGCCCAGCUGGCGUCAACCUAUAAACACGCUUUCGCCUCGACGCCAGACAGCCUGGAAGCGCCUUCCCAGCAGACGCUCACUCAGCAUCAUCCGUCUGCGCUCACGCCGGCUUCGGCGUCUCCUCAAGCGCGCGCAGCCGCAAGGCCGCUGGACAGCGCGGACGCCAGGAGAGACGACGGAAGAAAGGACGAGGGCGGCCUGUCUCUGGCCUCCGUCGUGGGCGGUGGCUGGCUUGGAGGCAUGAUCGGCGGACUCAAGAAGGCGCUGAGUGCGGAGGAAAGGAACGUCGGCGUGGAGAACGCAUACUACUAUGACCAUGUGCAGAAAAGGUGGCGGGAGCGAGGUCGCGAGCACGAGGAGGAGCCCCUUCCGGCCGACGGCGCCGCCACAGGCUCGUCGGACUCGCCAGCCGGCGGUGCGGUCUCACCUCCGCCGCCGUCUCUCCCGCCUCCUCCCGGAGGCGACACGAAGCCCGCGGGGACGCGGGCGGGCGCGGACAAGCGCAAUCGCUACGUCGACGUGUUCAGCUCAAAUUCCACCUCUGGAGCCGGACAAAGAAAGCCUGGAGGGACUGUACCUGUGCCCGUCAUGGCUCCGGGGCUCUACGGGGCGCCUGCAGCGGCCCCGGCAACGCCCAUGCCGGCUUCCUCGAGCCUGCUCAAGCACCCGUUUGGCGCCGCGCGGCCGCAGCACUCUCCUGACUUGCGCGCCGACGCAAGCGCCGCUGCCAGCCUGGUCGCCCUCGGGGAUCACGCUUUCCCUGCGCAGGAGCCGCGUCCGUCGCCUUUCGCAACGCCGUUCGCGUCUUCUGAAGGCUCGCCGGGCUUUCCGCCAGGGCUGGGCGCGUUCGCGGGCUCCGCGGCUUCGCCGCCGCCGACUAGCGCCUUCCCAUCAGGGCGAAGCGCACGGGUGCUUGCGCCCGGUUCCAACUGUCAGAAUGUGACACCGUCGAGUUUCCCUCCUUCCGCAGCCGGAGCCCCAGCGGCACCUGCCUUUGUUAGUUCAGCGACUGGCCCCGGACACACUGGGGAUUCUCAGCCUCCUGCAAGCGGCGUCGCGUCGCCUCCGCCUGCCACCAGCUCGCCCGUCCCCACGUCGCCCUUCGGCUCUCGGCCGGGCUCUGCGACAGCCCCCCCCACCGCGCCUCCCUCGACAGCUCCUUUCUCGUCCCCAGCUUUCGCUGCGGCAGACCCUUUCGCGCCUUGUGGAUCCUCUUAUCCCCCGCCGGGCCCCUUGCCCCCGACUGCACCCUUCGCCGCAAAGGCCCUGCCCCCUCAGCCAACGGGGCAAGCCCCUGCAGCGAGCCCUUUCCCUUCGCCUGCGCCCCUCCCCACAGCGGCCUCUGUCCCCCAGCUGGCCGCACACCCGUUUGCUCCAGACUCGUGCGCUGCGAGCCUUGGAGGGGCGGUGCAAUAUAACGGGCAGCCAAGCGCCUCUACAGGGGCUUGGGUUCCUCCGUCCCCGGCGUCUGCGUGCCCGUCGCCCUUCUUCUCGCCGACACCGGAAGCCGGAAAGGCUGCGACGCCGGUUGUCGGCGAAAGUGCGCAGGCGCCCGGGGCGUUGUGGGCUCAGGAAGGAGACAGAGGACACACGGCUCUCGCAGGAGGCACUUUGGCUGGGGGCUCAGGGGUCAGGGCAACUCCGGGACGAAGAGAGAUACACUGGUAG